AUGCACUUUUAUGACGUUUCUGAGGUUGAAGAGGUUAAGCAAAAAGGGAUGAAGAUGUCCACGUUUAUGCCAUUUACAGUUUGCAGCAUUCGAGAUGUGCCACAACAACGUGAUGGUACCUCUUGCGGAAUCAUGAUAGUCAAAUUCAUCAAGCAUCUCAGUGCUGACAUUUCGUUGGAUAAAGUUGACCCUUCGAAGAUCACAUAUUACCGACUCAAGCUUGCGAUAGAGGCUUUAAGGGGGGAGGCAUAUAUAUGA